AGGGGACAACAAGGGAAGAUCCUUCCUGCCUCCAGGGACCCAGACUUCCGCUUUCUGUGGACAGCAGCAGGUUCUGGGCUCUGGAAACCCACUGCUGUCUGGCCUAGAAGCACCACGGAACAGCAGGAUUCUGUACUAAGGAGGCCCCCGAGGCUGAGCUGAUGAAGACGUGGUGGGGCAAGGUCUCAACGCCGCUGUUACUGCUGCUUCUGGGCUUGCUCCAUGUCUCCUGGGCUCAAAGCAGCUGCACUGGGCCCCCUGGCAUUCCUGGAGUCCCCGGCAUCCCUGGGGUCCCUGGCUCUGAUGGUCAACCUGGAACCCCAGGGGUAAAGGGGGAGAAAGGGCUUCCUGGAUUGGCUGGAGAUCAUGGUGAGUCUGGAGAGAAAGGAGACCCAGGGAUUCCUGGGAUCCCAGGCAAAGUUGGCCCCAAGGGUCCCGUCGGCCCUAAAGGGGCACCGGGGCCCCCUGGAGCCCGUGGUCCCAAAGGUGAUUCUGGGGACUACAAGGCUACCCAGAAGGUAGCCUUCUCCGCUCUGAGGACCAUGAGCAACCUCCUGCGACGGGAUCAGGCCAUCCGCUUCGAUAAGGCGAUCACCAAUGAGAACGGAAACUAUGAGUCGCGCAACGGCAAGUUCACCUGCGCGGUGCCUGGCCUCUACUACUUUACCUACCAUGCCAGCUCCCGGGGGAACCUGUGUGUGAACCUUGUUCGAGGCCGGGAUCGGGACAGCAUGCGGAGAGUGCUGACCUUCUGUGACUACGCCCAGAACACCUUCCAGGUCACCACCGGCGGCGUGGUCUUGAAGCUGGAGCAAGGCGAGAUUGUUUACCUGCAGGCCACGGACAAGAACUCCCUGCUGGGCAUGGAGGGAGCCAACAGCAUCUUCACGGGCUUUCUGCUUUUCCCUGACAUGGAUGCAUGAUCCCAGCGUCAAACCAGUGCUCGUAGCCAUCUCCUGCCCCCCUGCCAGCAGUCCCCCCUACACCCCGACACCACCGCUCAACUGCCUGAAGCCCAGACCAGAGCCCUGUAGAUGUUACAGAAUGAGCGGGUAAAUAAAUUCUCCAAGGCUAAA